AUGAACCGAUUUAAGACCAAGAAGAGAGUCAAGGAUGACGCGGCAUCCGCUCGCCCGUCUCUCGAGUCCGAGUCCUCUUUUUCUCUUUUUAGCCGAAAAAAGAAAUCACAUGAGCAGGAAGAGAAGAAGGAGAUCGACCUGGCAACCGCGUUGCCUUCCAGCGACGAUUUCCGUACGAGCCUGCUGAUGUCGGGACUCUCUGCUCGCUUCUCGAUGCUCCGCGAACAGGACGACCCAAGCACCAAGAUAGGCAAGGCUAGCGACGACAGCGUCUUGCUUCCCAAGCGACACUCAAGGAUGAAUGAUUUCAACUUUGGUACUGGAGCAGGCCUCGGAGAUAUCGCUGAGGUUGAAUCUAUCAAGGCACCACCUUUCUUGCGGACCGAUUCCACCGCUUCUGAGGAGUCCGGCUCAGUGCUGUCAAGGGCACGGCCCGUAGAAGGUAAUGUCAUGUUUGGCGGGAGGCAAAAGAUUUAUAAGAUUGCAGUCGGCUCCUCUUCAUCUAAGAAUUUAGGUGACGGCAUGAGUGGCCGAGCCUUGUAUGACAACGAUGUGUCUAUGUCUGCAUUCCAGAAAUGGAGGCAGACUGCAAAGGAGCAGGACCAAGAUAACGAGCUUCACGGCGAGGCGGUAGGCGAGGAGUCAAGACCGGUGGAGGACUCGUCAUUCACAAGGGCGGAGUCUCCACUGCCCCAGGGCUACAACAAGAAACGUGAGACAUCCUCUACGACUUCUUCGACUCCCUCUGGCGGGCGCAACUCGACUGCUGCAACCUCCGUAAUCUCUCAACCUACCACGCUCCACUCCCAACAAACAACUGCAGCAUCCUCAGCUACCUCCACGCCCGCUCUAGAACGACAUGUCACUCGGACGAGGAGACUUUACGAACAAGGCCUGACACAGGAUCUCCAAGAACAGCAACACUCGGUCCUGUCGAGGGUCGACACCCUCACUCGCCGGCCUGGAGGAGUGCGGACUCCAGAUCUGGGACGAAACUCGCCGUCCCCGACUAUGCAUUCGUUUUCCGACCGCUUUGGGGAGCGUCGGACCAUCUUGUCCAAGGCUAGUGCCCCAAACUUGAGGUCCAUGAGCCCACCAACUACGGGAUCCUCAGUCGGCACUUUGGACCUCAACACCAAAGCCACGAAUGCCAUUGACACAAAGACCUCUUUCCUGGCAUCACCGCCCCUGAGCCCCCCGAUCAGCGAUCACAGCGCGAGUGACCAACCGAAUCUUUCCAUUCAACCGAAGGAUCUUGGCAAGGCAACUGCCAUGGGCGUCUUCCAGAGACCGUCCCAGCCAUAUGACGACUCCCGCUAUGCAGAAAGGCAGCUUCAGUUGAAGCAAGGCCGAGAAACUCCGACCCAGCGAUCCCGAAAAGACUCGAGCACGUCAUUUACCUACUCUCGGUCUCAGUCAGUAGCAUCCAACCGACAGCAGGAGUCAGAUUCGAAGGCAAACGUUCUGUCGACCCAGGAGGAAGCUUCGGUCGAGAGCUCGCAGCAAAAUGAUCCACUCGAAUCCCCUAUCUUGAAUGAUCUUGUCCAUCAACCAUCGUACUCGCCACAAGUCAGGGUUCAACGGCCAGCCGAUCAAGACCACCCGGCUUUGCGAGGCUCCGCCAUCCCAACACCACUUUCCGUUCCACAAGCACCCAACGACUCGCAAUCGAAUAAUGCUGAUCUGCUAAACGUCAAACCCAAACAAGUCUUGUUAGGAGACUCGCCCACUCUGGGACCGAACUCGGGACUGGGCGGUUUGGUUCGGCAACACCUGCGGACUGAAAGCGACGUCUCGUCCAUUUUCGGCACUCAUGACAGCCGGGAGUCUAUGGCGGCACCAAAGAACCCGUGGGAGGAUCAAGACUGGACAACGUCUAGCGGCCAAGAAAGCGAGCGCAGCCUCCUUGUUCAGCCCAAGGUCUCAGCCCACAAUGAGGAACUUCCUAAGUCCAAUGAUCACACGAAGCCAGACAGUCUCUCAGGAUCGCCGCACUCGCCAGACGAGGAAGAUGAAUUCGCGAGUCAGCUGGCGAACGCACGGCGCCGCGUGAGGGAAAAGCUUACCUCUUUUGUUGAGACCGACAACACUCCGUCCUUGUCACCCCAGUCGCCAUCAGACUCAGCUCGGGACCUGCCUCCACCGUCAUCUCGCUCUAACCCGCUAGGCAUUCUUCGGGGCAAGGGCAGCCGGGGCUCAUUGAUUGAUCGAGGGCGCGACACCACAACCAAGUCCAAUAAAAUGAACGGAACGAGCGCCACGACGAUGCCGACCCCUCCGAGCUCAGUCAAGCUAGAGUUCGAUGAGCACGAUCGGAGGACGCCAAUCGAGAUCAAGGAACACCCCGAGGAAGAGAGCGAAGACGCGGAACUGAAGGAGGAAGCCAACGCCCAUCCUGGCCUCCGUGCCUUUAGACAAGCGCGGCGCGAACUGCAGAAGCGCAAGGAGCUCGAGGCUCUGGCGAGACACCCGCCACAAAACGGCCUAGUCACGAGCUCACCCGCGUCGGAGAAAGGCGCCCUCGAGCUAAGGCGCACACCCAGUAGAGAACUUCAGCCGGCUGGGUUUGGCCAGCGGCGCAAGGCCAGUGACGAGCACAGUGGAAGAAUAUCGCAACCACCUCCACUGUCACAGUCAAGAACUGCAAGAGAUCGAAGCGGCUCUGAGGACAGCGCUGGCCAAAGUCGAUCGCGAAGCAGGCCGACGCAGAGGUCCAGAGAGAACACAAUUUCGAACGACGACCAGAAGCUCAAUGCUGCAACGCGCAGACCUAAGCUUCGCUCACCCGGCCUGCCAGGUACUGAUAUCAGACGCUCGCCUCACAUGCCCCCAUUGAGAGCCGCUACAGGUGGUCCACAGUCGGUCGUGCCCGGCCCGUUCCUCGACAGGACCAACUCUGGAACUAACCUGAGAGUCCUCCCUCUCCGGACAGGCACCGAGCCUUUGUCCGCUGGGGCUUCACCGCUUUCGCCACGAGGCGGGGCCUUUCGAGCAAUCUCGUGGCGCCUUCUCGUCCAGCGAGGCUACUGGAUCAGCGCCUCCAACACCAACGUACCCACCCCCGCGGAGGCCUUCGGUCGCACACCCAAGCACGACAACGAGCACACUCAAUGA